AUGAAGUAUUCGUUCAGCAUUCUUUCGGCUGCGGCCGCCGUUCUGCCUAUCGCGGAUGCCUUCCCGGCUGCGAUGUUUGAGAGAAUCCAGAACGACCCGGAAAUCGCUGCUCGUGCCAUCAAGAUCAAUGAGCAGUUGAAGAGGAGACAAGUUGGUGCCGAUGCCGCGAAUGCAGUCUUUGAGCCGGUGCCCAUGUUCAACGCUGCAGAGCAGUAUAUCGAUGUGUCUGCUGCGUCUGGUCAUCAAUAUGUCGCUCCCGGACCUGGCGAUCUGAGAGGGUACGCAUUCCUCUUAGAGCUCCACACUGUAACUGGAUCUUGAGCUGACCUUGACUCUAUCAGUCCCUGUCCUGGGCUUAACGCUUUUGCCAAUCAUGGUGAGUCUUACCAGUCUCUAUGCAUUCAAGCACGACCAGUCUUUACCCAUCGAAGCACGAAGAGUCUUCACCGAGAACAAGGUUCAAUCGACGAACGAUUGAGGAAUAGGCUGACAGAGAACAGGAUUCCUACCACACGACGGUUACGCAACAAUCCAGCAGUACGUCAAUGCAACAGAGCAGGUAUGUAGACCUCAUGGCGCUGCAUCAUCGAUUGGAUAUUUCACAAAUCCUCCGCGGAUUCGGUGAAUGUCUGCCAUGGGAUCCUCGUCACUGACAUUCUCCACAGGUCGUCGGCAUGGGACCGCUGCUCGCAACAUUCCUCUCCGUCCUGGGUGCCGCUAUCGAUGGAGACCUCACAGCUUGGUCUAUGGGUGAGUCAACGCACGUCGAAAGGCCUCCAAACUGCUUGCUUACACUUCACUCGCAGCCGGCACCCCUUCCAUCGCUCAGGCUGGCCUGCUGGGCACUCAAGGCAACGGCCUAAUUGGAUCCCACAACAAGUACGAGAGCGAUGCUUCGCCGACCCGGCCAGACCUAUACCAAUCUGGUAACAACUACAAGACUGUCCCAGAGCAAUUUCAAGAGAUGAUCAACUACUCUCCAGGAGGCGAGGUAAGUAGGGACGAAAAAGGCGGCAAUAGUCCUGCGACGUUUCCAACACUUGCUGAUCUUGCUAGGUGACCCUCGACUCCCUCACCAACUUCCGUUCCUACCGGUUCGACACGCAAAUCCAGACCAACCCCUACUUCUUUAACGGGCCUUUCGCCGGUGUAGCCGUCCAGCCUGCGGCCUACACUUUCAUUUACCGCUUCAUGGCCAACCACUCCGCAGAGCGCCCCAUCGGACAACUCACGUACAGCGUUGCCGAGUCCUGGUUCGGUAUGGCAAAGGACAAGAACAACAACUACGUCGCGAACCAAGGAGCGGAGCGCAUUCCGGACAACUGGUACAAGCGAGCCAAUGCGUACCCGUACGAGAUGGACUACUUCCUCGCGGAUCUCCUGAAUGCCGCUGCCUUGCAUCCCAAAUUCCUCGACAUCGGCGGCAACACUGGAACCGUGAACUCGUUCUCCGGAGUCGAUCUGGCUAACCGUAGGCCCACCCACCCCUUGCCGUUGACUUCUCUCGUUGACAAGCGCUGACAUUUCGUGCAGUUACCGGCGGUGUCUUCAAUUCCGCUUCCUUGCUCCAGGGUAACAAUCUGGGUUGCUUCGUCUACCAGCUCUCCGCCCAAGCUAAACCUGAUAUCCUCCUCGGCCUUCUGACGCCUCUGUUGAAUAUUGUCGGCCAGCUGAUUGCUCCACUCUCUUGCCCGCAGCUGGAGGCUAUCGACGAGAAGCAGCUGGAAAAGUUCCCUGGGUAUACCCAGAAGGCUGUGUAUUCCUAG